UAAUAAAAUAUUGAAAGAGGAAACCAUUAAUUUAUAACGCAGAAGGGAAAGAAACACCAUAUUGAACCAUUAUACAUGUUUUAAGAGUCAAUGGAGUGAUAUUAGAGUGAAAUAGAGGAAGAUUAUGGUAUGUUACAAAGAGAGAGAGAGAGAGAGAGUGUGUGUGGCAGGCGGCCGAGGUCAGUGGUCACUCUUGGCCACUGCUAGACUAUGAACUUUAGUGUGGUGAGCAGGUGGGUGAGUCGCAUCAGCAAGCAACAGUUCCAGCGAGUCAUGGCGUCCGUUGAGAAGGAAGGUGCCUCGGUGAACACUGCUGCCGCGCCCCUCAACCGCCUUGCUGCAGAGAAGUCCCCUUACCUCCUACAGCAUGCGUCGAACCCCGUUGAUUGGUACCCGUGGGGUGAGGAGGCAUAGGUGGCGAGGAAGGAGAACCGGCUAAUAUUUCUGAGUGUCGGGUACUCCACAUGUCACUGGUGCCAUGUCAUGGAGAGAGAGAGCUUCCAGAACCCUGACAUCGCCCGCAUCAUGAACUCAAAUUUUGUCAACGUGAAAGUGGAUCGUGAGGAGAGACCUGAUGUGGAUAAGGUGUACAUGACCUUUGUGACGUCCCUCAGUGGUGGUGGUGGAUGGCCGAUGAGUGUGUGGUUAACGCCGGAACUCAAGCCAAUCUUCGGAGGGACUUAUUACCCGCCCAACAAUCGCUAUUUUGGACGCCCCAGCUUCCCUCAGCUCCUUGUGUCUAUUGCCUCACAGUGGCAGGAGGACCAGGACAAGUUUAAGGAGUCCGGUGGCAAGAUUAUGGAGGUACUGGACAGGACAUCCCCUCCUGCCCCUGGAACUGAGGACAUGCCCGGAGAGGAGCCUAUAUCAAAGUGUUUGGCUCAGCUUACCAGGGCUUAUGAGAGUGAGUAUGGAGGCUUCAGUGAGGCACCCAAGUUCCCUCAGCCUUCAAACUUCAACUUCCUCUUCACCUACUAUGCACUGAACCCACACCUGGAGGAUGCUCAGCAAGGACUUUCAAUGGCCCUGCACACCCUGUCGAUGAUGGCUCGUGGUGGGAUACAUGACCACGUAGCCCAGGGGUUUGCCAGGUACUCCACAGACCAGCGCUGGCACGUCCCACACUUUGAGAAGAUGUUGUAUGACCAGGCACAGCUCACUCACUCCUACCUUGAUGCCUUCAUUGUCUCCGGCCACUCCAGGCAUGCCGAUGUAGCGAGGGACAUCCUGGGUUAUGUUAUGCGGGAUCUUAGCCACCCUAGUGGUGGGUUCUACAGUGCUGAGGACGCAGACUCCUUGCCGACCCCAGAUGCCAAGGAGAAGAAAGAGGGCGCCUUCUGUGUGUGGACGUGGGAUGAGGUGAACAGUCUGCUUGGGGCGCCGGUCAGUGAGAGCCACUCCACCACCCUGGCUGAGGUGUUUUGCCACCAUUACUCUGUGGUGGACGGUGGCAAUGUGGAUCCCUACCAGGACCCCCACGAUGAGCUCAAGAAUCAAAAUGUGCUGAUGGAACACUGCACGGUGGAGGAGACAGGCCAGGAGUUUUGUCUGGAGGAGGAGGAGUGUGCUGAUGCGCUGGCCAGGGCGAGGCAGAUCCUGUACGAGGCGCGAGCGAAGAGACCCAGACCACACUUAGAUGACAAGAUGCUUACUGCUUGGAAUGGCAUGAUGAUAACAGCCAUGGCCAGAGCAGGAGCCGUGCUGGGGGAGGAGAAGUACACACAGAGGGCACUGGAGGCUGGCAACUUCAUCAAGACCCAACUCUACAAGGAUGGCAAGCUUCUGAGGGCUGCCUAUGCCUCUGAGGACGGUGGUGUCUCCCUAGGCUCAGAGAUAGAGGCCUUCGUUGAUGACUAUGCCUGGAUGGUGCGGGCGUGUGUGUCCCUGUAUGAGGCCACGCUGGACACAGCCUGGCUGGUGCUGGCUGAGGAGCUGCAGGACCGCCAGGAUACCCUCUUCUGGGACCCCGACGGCACUGGCUACUAUCUCAACCGGCCCGGGGACUCCUCCAUACUCCUGCGCAUCAAGGAAGACCAGGAUGGCGCAGAACCCUCGGCUAACUCAGUGUCGGCCGGCAACCUGGUGCAUCUGAGUCCACUGCUGGGCCGGUCUGACAUGCUCUCCAAGGCCGAAGCGAUCUUUAAACUGUUCGCUGAUCGCCUCAACAAGAUUCCUCUCGCCCUGCCUGAGAUGACCACGGCUCUUCUGAUUCACCGCCACCCCCCUACACAGAUUAUUCUAGCAGGCAAACGUGACUCCCCAUCCCUUGGUAAGAUGCUGGAGGUGAUACACAGUGAGCUGAUGCCAAACAAGGUGCUUCUGCUUGCUGACGAAACAUCCACGGAAGAGUCGAUCUUGUACUCCCGACACUCCUCCCUCACCAAGUACCACCCCAAGAACCCUGAGGAGUGCCUGGUGUAUGUAUGUCAGAACUUCCGCUGCUGUCUGCCUGUAAGUAAGCCGGACCAGCUGCGUGAUACACUUAAGAGCCCCAUGUCUAAUCAGUGAGGUGUUUUUUUGGGGUUUUAUUGUUUUCUUUUUUUUUCUUUUCUAUUAUUAUUUUUUUUCUUUGCUGAAUCUCCUUGGCAUCUCUCCGUCCUGUCCUCAUUUCUCUGUUUCUCUGUCAUGUUUGUGUAACCCCUGUUUCUUUCACUUCAUUGUGGUGGUGAGGAUUGGCUUGUAAACUGUGGUGCUGUUUCUCUGUCUCUGUCUCUCUCUUUGGCUAUUGUCCUCUCUGUUUUGUGCCACUCUGUAUCUUUGCUUCAUUAUGUUUAGUGUGCCUACUGUGGCUUGCUAAUACAUUACUAUCUUAUUUCUCAUUUUUCUAACUUUUACUGUAUUUUUCUCAUUUAUGUCUACUGGUUUUGUUUUUCUUUGUGUCUUUAUUGCAGUUUGUCUUCCUCUGUAUCUACUAUUUUAUUGUAUUACCAUCUUAUUUGUCAUUUUUCUAACCUUUACUCUGUUUUCUCGUUGAUAUCUUUAUUGGUUUCUCUUUUUUUCGUGUCCUCCUUGCAAUUUGUCCUCCUCAUUAUAUCUCUACUUUCUUAAAACAUCAUCUUAAUUCUCAUUUUUCUAACCUUUACUUUUCCUUGAUGGCUUUAUUUUUUUCCUUUUCUUUUGUCCUCAUUGUAGCUUUCUUUCCUCCAUAUCUACUUUUUCCAUUGUAUUAUCAUCUUAUUUCUCAUUUUUAUAACCUUUACUCUGUUUUCUCAUUCAUAUCUUUAUUGGUUUCCCCCCCUUUUUUUUUUUUUUUUUCAAGUCCUCAUUGCAAUUUGUCCUCCUCUAUAUCUUUACUUCUUUCAGUGUAUUACCAUCUUAUUUCCCAUUUCUCUAACAUUUCCUUCACAUUUCCACUGACGUCUUUAGUUCCUUCCUCCUGUUUUGUGUGUCAUUGCCUCUUUGCUGUUUGUCGUAAAGUUGCUCUUCCCUCUCAAGAUCCUGACGCCGUUGGUCUAUUAUUUUGCGGGGGAGGGAUCUGUAGUGUAAAUUUGAUAGAUGAAAUACUCGCUCCUGCACCUCUUUGUAUUGUAUCAUGCUUCCAUCACCAACACAGAAAUGCACUUGCUCUAUUAUUAUUAUUAUUAUUAUUAUUGUCGGGGGAGGAGGUGAAAAGAAAUACAGGUGUAGGGAGGUGAGUGUAUUCCCGACUAGUUUCAUUGUAUGCUUCUUCAGGGGAAUUGCAUACAGCCAAACUAUUUAGGAAUCAACUCACCUCUGUGCACCUGUGUUUCGUUUCACCUCCUCCUUCAACUUGUCUGAAUGUCUGAACUAUUAUUAUCAUUAUUAUUGUUAUAUAUUGUCAGAUUCAGACUGGUAUGAUUUUCCAGUCAGUGAGUUGGGUUUGUUUAUGUAUAUUGUCAUUAUUAUCUAUUGUGUAUAUUAUUUAGGUGUAUAGUUUGUUUAAUUGAAGUCUUAUAUGCUCAGAGUGUUAUUUUUUAUGUGUAUAUUUGUGUGGUUACCAAUGGUUUAAUCUGUAUCUAUUUAAUUUUUUGCAUAUAUUGGGUUUAUUUUUUGUAUUUAGUUUUGUGUAGUUUCUUUCAUAAUUUUAGUUUUUUCAAUCUACAUAUUUUAGUUCUGAUUUUGUGGAUAAUUUCAAUUUUCAUCCAUGCUUUAUUGCAAUUUUAGAUGGAUUUUUUUUUAUAACUAUUUCUGUUAAUUUUCCUUCUGAUUUUAUUGAUGAUUUAAACUUUCACCACCUUUUUUUUUCAUAAUUUUACAUGGAUAUCUUUUUAUAACAUUUUCUAUUUAUUCCACUCUGGUCUUAUGGAUAAUUUAAACUUCCACCCUUUCUUAAGCAAAAUUUUACAAAGAUAACUUUUUACAAACUUUUCAGUUUAUUUCGUUCAUAUAUCACAGAUUCUCACUCGUUUUCCCGUGUCUCACUAAUCCGAUUCUCUAGUUGCGUCUUGGAUUAGCGGUAGAGUGUAACACAGUAGCACUAUUAUAAGGAACCUCUCCUUUCAUUAAGUCUUUAGUAACUUCUCAGGUAUAGCUUGUGAUGUCUCAUUAGUUCAAGCAUUCCCAGACGCAAGGAAUGGCAGAUUGGUUCCGUUUCUAUUGAAGUAUUGUAUGUAUAUCUUAAGUCUGUAUAUUUGUGGGAUAUUUUAGCAGUUGAAACCAUGUGUUGUUUGACUCAUCUAUUCAUGUGUGUGUUAGUUGAGCAUUAGUUUUGGGUUAUACUACUUAUGAUACUCUUAGUUUUUCCUUGUCUGGUCUAACUAACCAACUCCUUUGUAGUUAAAAGCCUUAUGAUGGUGUGUUUCCGAUAUAUUCCACUCACUGACUGCUCGGUAAUCUGGUAUACUAUAAAGUUAGUGAACAACGGAAAAAAAAAACUAGUGAGAGAGCAGAGUGUUUAAGAACACUGACUGUAGUGACUCAGAUAUCUUGUGCCAACAUUUCAAGCAUUUCUCGUCCCCCUUGUGUGGCGACUGUGGUGGCCCUGUUGUUGUUUUGUGCAGCGACAGGCCUCUAGCUCAAACGUGGCUCUGGCCUUCACCUCGUGCAUAUCAGAAAAACAAACAGGAGUGGUGCGUGUCAUUGUUUUCAUGCAGCGUACUAGUUCCCAAGCGACGGUGUUUGGAAUUGUUUUGCCGUUUUCCUUUCUUUUCUGUUUUUUGAAGUGAGGAUGUGUUUGAGUGUUUUUUUUUUUUUUUUUUUUGUGAGUUAGGCUUUUUUCUCAAGCGACGAUGUGUGUUUGGAAGCGUUUUUGGCAAGUUAAGUAAUAUUAUAGGAAACAGUGUGUGUGUUUGGAAGCAUUUCAUCCCAUAAUGAUUAAUUUUCCAAGCGAGGAUGUAUCUGAAAGUCCAAUUUUAUAUAUGACAAGCCAUUUUCAAGUAAGAUGGUGUUUGAGAGUUGUCGUUUUUUUCAUGUAAGCUAUUUUCGAAGCAGAGGACAUGUUUGCUGGUGUUUCUUUUCAAAUACACACUACUUUCCAAACAUAGAGUGACUUACAAGAGAGAGAAAGCAAUGCAGGGUUUCAGUUAAGUGUAAACAAGCCUAGGAAGGAAACUGACUGACAAAUGCGAGUGUUUACGUUUGGAAAUAUGCGCUACGUUUCAUUGACUUGUUCCUUUGUCCACACAUGUCCUGGCUCAAUGCAAGGAAGUUUUGGGCAUUGAUCAAAUUAAUGUGAGUGUUUAUGUUUGGAGAUCUGAGUAUUCUGGUUUGGGAUGUCAAUAAGUUGGUGGGUUCAAGUGACUCUUUCAAAAUCUGGGACCAUACACUAGUCUGCAGUAGAGAUAUAGCUUACUCUAUUUUGAAAAGCAUGUUUGUAUUAAAGAGGUGUAGUCUGUGUUUGCUGUAAGCCAUCACAUCUUGUUAGGGGAGCUGAGAAUGGUAGAUAAGCUUAGGAUUCAUGUGUAAAACGGAAAAAAAGGGAAAAUGAAGUGAGAUAGACUUUUAAACUCUUAAACUAUGCAAAGAAAUAUAAGGAAAAUAUGGAAAAAGAUAUAUAGAAGUUAUACAUAUAUUUUCACAUAAAUUCAUGGAAGAAAAAUAAAAAAAAUAAGCAAAAUAAUUAUUAAAAUGAAAAUAAGAGGACACUCAUGAUAGAAAAAGAUACAUUCUCAGAUAAGAUUCUCGGAUAAACCAUAUAAGUGAAAACAAGAAGAAAAUUAAACAAAACAAUGAAUAAUAUUAAGAAAA